AUGAGACGAUCACGUGGACCGCGUGGCUAUUUAUUUUCUACCACAGCUGAACGGGAAAUUAUUCGUCACAUGAAAGAGAAAGUUUGUUAUGUUGCCUUGGAUUUCGCAGAAGAAAUUGCCACAUCAUCAUUGUUGGAGACAGCUUAUGAACUACCAGACGGUCAAGUGAUCACCUCUGGUGAUGAACGAUUUCGUGCUCCUGAAGUCUUAUUUCAACCCAACCUCCUAGAGAGAAGUGGAGAUGGCCUUCCUAAAAUAGUCUGCGAUUCCAUUGAGCAAUGUGAAAAGGGUAUUCAGAGAGAUUUGUUUCGCAACAUUGUUCUUGCUGGUGGUAAGUUGACAACGAAUAGAUGUAUGGAAAAUAGUGCGUCUGUGUGUUUAGGAACAACAAUGCUUUCAGGUCUAGCUGAUCGAAUGCGAAAGGAGAUCAGAGCCUUGGUACCCUCAACGUUUCCAGUCAAGAUCAUUGCUCCACCUGAACGAAACAUUGCGACUUGGAUUGGUGGUUCAAUUCUCGCAUCAUUGUCGACAUUUCAGCAGAUGUUCAUUUCUAAGCAGGAGUUUGAGGAAUCAAGUUCAGCGAUUGUUCAUCGAAAAUGUUUUUAA